AUGCUGGAAGAAUUAACGAGCGGCAUUUUCUCCUGGGCGUAUCCUGAAUACAGGCCAACAGGGGACACCUGGUGGUUGGCUUACGAACUGAGCAAGACCCUAUUACGAAACCAUCGUUAUCGUGACGCAGAAAUAUUUCUUCGUUGGGAAUUCCUGGAAGCUACUAAGGCCCUUAACGCGGAACAUCCUAAAUGCCUGGCCAUCGCUCAUAUUCUUACAAAACUGCUACUCUUUCAGGAACGGAAUGAGGAAGCCAAAAAGUGGUAUCAGUGGCUACUUUCGUCGCAACGAAGAGUUCUCAGCAAAACAGAUGUUUCGACACUUACUGCUCUCACGGACUUUGGUAGAAUCCUGGUGCGCGAAGGGAAAUAUGAAAUGGCCUUCCAGGCGCUCCUAGCCAUUUAUCAGGGCACGGCAAUGCCAGAAUGCAUUGGAAAAGCACCAUCCAACCAAACCAGGGCUAGAGAGGCUCUAGAGUGGUUCCAGCAUAUUUUUGAAGUGCAGAAGACCCUUGGCCAAGAACAUAUGGUCUUCUUGAAUAUUGCCUAUGCCAUUGGUAUUAUACCAAUGGUUCCAACAGGUAUUUGA